UAUUCGAGCUGAAGUCGGUCAGGCGACUUCAGGUCAGCGCGUCUGGAAGGGCUCGCUGCAAGGGGUGAAUGGCCUUGAGGCAGCGAGGUCUUGAAUAAUGACGCCAGACCGGUCAUGAUGACUGGCCGCCACAUGUCCUCUCCUCGCGUUUUCAAGGAUUUUUUACUUGACGUUUUCUUGCAGGUCGCUCCCGAGAUGUACUCCUUCUCGCAGACGCUCUUCGUUUCCCUCAGUUCGGGCUUCCAGGACUCCCUGCUUCACCUCGGCUCUGCUACGGUCACUGCAGACGAGAAUCGUCGUGUGGAGACCCUGCAUCUCCUCCUGUUGGGUCGUCUCUACCGUCGGCUGAUUGAGGUGGCUGAAUCGCUGGCCUCCUAUCUUGUCAGUGAGGGGGGCCUCGCCAACGCAGGUUUCACUUCACAGCCGGACAGAAAAUCGUCAGAGCAACUCUACCGUCUGGCUCGUCUCCACUUGGACCCCGUGUCUGCCAGUCUGGGUGUGGAUCUCUUUUCCGCCAGCUUCGCUUCAUCGCCUCAAUCAGCACCAGCGGCUGCCAGCCUGUCAAAUCUUGUGAAGUUGUUUGUACAGCAGAGUUUCUCCGCUGUCCGACAAGGUUGUCAAGAGGGAUCUGCGUCGAGCAAGACUACAGGCAGUGUAAAGAGAAGUACUCGCUCUAUGCCAAAACCCCAGUAUUACCAAAAACUGGUCAGUGAGGCACUAGAGGACCGUAUUCUGGAUCUUGUGACUUGUUAUUUCGCGCGAGCCCAUCAGACUGCAGAGUCUGGCCAACUGCUACCGAGUAGGUCUUUGCUUUUUGUCUGCCUGUUUUUUUGAGGAAUUCUGUUUACUUUUGUCAGCCAAUACGCCCGACCCCGCCUCCGUUAAUCUUGACUCUGUUUUGGCAGGAGAGUGCCGUAGAUGCAGCGUAAGCCUACUAUCCCUGGCAGUUCGACCGCAGCUUCUGAAUUCUUCCACCGUGGCUUUACGAGGUGAAGCAGGCACGGUGACUUGCUCGCGAUUUAUUUCAUAGUGAUAGUAGACUGGCGCAGCAUCUACCACACCCUCCCCGUCUCACCCACCUGCAUCCGGUAUCAGGACAGAGUCAAGAAGACAGGAGGCGAGGGAGGGUGCAGGUGGAUGGCACAGUCUAGUUGGCACCUUGACACUCCACUCCACACCCCCCUGGUGCACACAUCAAGUGACCAGAAUUUUAGCCAACAACAAUGGGGGCGGCAAGGGUCUCAAUGUGCGUGAUGUCUGCCGGCAACUGGGUUUGCCACUGCACCUCGAAACUAGUUCGCACACAAGUCACCGUCCGUGCGCCCGCCAUGCUGCUGGGCACGCGGUGGACGUCAUCGUUGGCGAUGGUCGAACUAACGUGUGCCAGAAUGGUAUUACCGACAAAGACGAGGGAAACUGGAAUGGCCAUUUCUGGCUUAUUAGCCGUCGUUAGCUAGCCAGCCAUACCCAACCCCAAAGUGUGGAGCACCCGUCGGUAAUACCAUUCUGCCUAUAUAUCAUGCGCCGCUGUGCGGCUGCUGGUUGGGCUCGAGAGAGAGUCCAUAAGGCACAACGGAACGAGUGAGUUCCGUAAGAACGAUCGGUGAGCGCCCUCCACUGUAUAUUCCCGAUCUCAACCGACAGGGCAACGGACUCGUGACCCAGUGGUUAGAUGCGUGGACUUCUAACUAACAGGUCGCGUGUUCGAGCCUCGGGUGUGCCACACUUCGGGGUUGGGUAUGACUGGUUGACGACGGCUAAUAAGCCAGAGAUGGCCAUUCCAAUCUCCCUUGUCUUUGUCGGUAAUAUCAUUCUGUCUAUAUCAUGCGCCGCUGUGCGGAUGCCUGUUGGACUCGAGAGAGAGCCCGUAAGGCACAACGAAACAAGUGAGUUCCGUAAGAACGAUCGGUGAGCGCUCCUACCACUAACGUGUGCCAGUUACUAUCUACCACAGGCCUUGUUUGUCAUUUGGGUGAUAGGUUAACUGCUCGCGUCGACGGGUGUUAAGGUGUGUACACACAGACUCUUUAUAAAUCACUUCGUGGUCCCCCAUAUGCCUAGAACGUGGGAAUGGGAGGAGGCAAGUUGAAAUGCCGGAAGAUUGAUUCUGUUGGAGUUGAUUAGACGUUAGUAAGUCAAACUUAUGGAUCCAGUCUUUACGAGCUGUGGGAAACCGACCCUUAAAUUUAUUGAUCAGGCUUUAUGAUUCGUUGUCUCCCCUAAGAUGAUUGGGCACUUUCACUAACUGUUCGAUCACAAUAUAACAUGAAACCCCUCCUGAAAACCAAGCCUGUAUCCAAACUCUGUGGUAGCGGAUAGCAUCCUCUUCGUUCCCCAGACCUUAGUAUGGUCAUUUCAUCUAAAGAAGUUGCUUGCGAUGUUUCAGUGGGAACCUUUGCUUGUUGUUUACUUCAAGAGGUCCCGUUCGCAAAGCAAGAGGCCGGAACGAUAGUUUCUGGCCUACUCGUCCAAAUCUCCCAUCCUCAUCUGCUCCCCAGCACAAAUCUUCCGCAGAUUUGUUUGCCAAAUAAUAAUGCCUCCGACUCCUUUUUUCAGAUCCCGCACUCCAUCGACUGUACAGUUCUGUUCAUGAGGAGGCCUUCAGUUACCUGGAAUUGGCCAGCGGCACCCCGCGCUUUAUUCAACGCUGUCUUUCCAAACUUGACCCGAGCUUGAACCCUGAUCUGUGUGAUUUGCCCUUCUUUGCCCUUUUUGCACCACCAACGGCCACCGGUGUUCGGUCGAUUCAGGAGGCCUCAAGUCAACUGCGCCUUCUCAAUUUCAUCCUCCUACGUGGUAAGACUGUGCAGUCAAGUGAUAUAUUAACCUUUAACGGCUUAACAGGGAGUGGAUUUUCUUCACAUCACUAUUUUCUCUCUUUAUUUCCUAACUGAAUAUUCAGACACGUUGGCGACACCAUGUUUGACUACCAUAGGUCUCCAAAUCAGGGUUUGAGUAAAAAUAAUAGCCGCCGAUAAAAUGUAUCACAAAGAUAAACCAGCUACUUAGAUUCAGUCAGUAGCCAUAGUAAAAUAAUUUUACUCAAGCCCUCCAAAUCAGAUGGUUCUGUUUCAUUAGACCCUAGUGGGUGCCAAAAGAACCUGAAGCAUGCGUUUAGAUGGCGUCCCCUUUUUCCUCUUCAACCACUUUGCCCUGACUUGAUAUCUCUAGUCUGCUUGCGUCGCGCUUGUCACUACUACAAGCUGCGCGAGGAAGUCGAGAUUGCGCGCGAGAUUUUCAUGCUAUAAACGUCUAAACGCGCUGUAACCUGUCAUAACCAGUUGACAGUUGUGGCAUGGCAUGGAGGACUGCCAACUGACGGUGCAUCUAGACCCCUCCUCUGAUUAAGGGUUAAACUGCAAGGACUGCUCUUCCGUGAUAUGAACUGUGACAGUCCUCUUUAGUGAGAGAUUUGGAACCGUGAACUCGUGAACGUUCAUAGGCAUGCGGUAGCAUGGCUGCUGCAUCCUAUAAAUACCGCAGCCCCUUGUGCAACAACCACCCGUUUCUGCUCUUUUGUCUCUGAUGAUGGAUUCGAGUAGGAAUCCGAAACGUCAGGCUAAUAAAGCUCUUGUCCCGGCGAUCGUGUCUCCUUCUUCAAGAUUUGGAACUCUUGUUAACGGCUGUUUUAUGAGCGACUAGGGAUUACCAUGUGUAUGGCACGUGCAUCGUCCUUGGUUUAGUUUUAUCAUUGGCUGCGCUCCCGCUUAUCUGUCCUUGACUUUGUUUUGCAAUUGAAACAUGCUGUUUCCCCAGACAUUAAUGUUCCCCGGCCACACCACUUGAUCCUCCUGUCUUUUAGUGUCUGACAGUCACUAAUUAUGUUCAGUCCACGGUGUUGGUGUAGCAUGCUUUGUCCAAUUUCUGUGCUUCUUUAAGUCGUCGUGAAUUUAUCUGCCGACUAGGACUAUCAGGCACGAAAGGCCAAACCGAUGCAUGCUUAAUGCGAAACCGCUAGUUGGCUGGGCCCACAAAACCGGCGUCGCGACUUCAUCAGACAUAGUCGGAGUAAAAGAAAUGUGGAGUCUGCACAAGACUAGAGCCUUGUGUGGCAUCAUCCGACAGUUCGAUCGUCGUGUCCGACGACGUCCACCCAUGUGCUCCACUGCAAGGUAAGGCAGGCACGGUGGCUGGUGCGUGAAUUAGCUUAUAAUGGGGGGGGGUAGACUUUCGAAGCAUCUGUCGCACUCUGUCCCCCGCCGACUGGACCCGGUGUUAAGACGUAGUCAAGAAGACCGAUGUCGGAGGAGGGCGCAGGUGGCUGGCACGGCCAGACCCGCACCUAGGCGUGCCACCAAACCUUCUGCUCCAUAGCAAACAAAAACUUGAUUAGGAUCUUAACCAACAACAGAAAGGACACUGAUGACUGGGCAGCCUGUAUAAUCAGCGGGAGCGCAAGCGCAUCUACCGGCAGGGAACCAAGGGCCAUAGAAUUGCCAGUGCACACCAGACUGCAAGGGCCAUGGUUCGUUAACCUUGGCAUAGCAGACGCUUACAAUCCUUGAGAUCCAGACGACAUCAGCCACUUUGUGUGAAGCCCGCAACCCGCACUGACACCUGAAAAGGUGGAUCCGGCAAGGUUUACAAACUGGAUGUCUCACGAACUUCGCAAUACAUGGGAUAUGUCAACGUCUGAAAUCGUUAUAAUUUGUGAUUGCAUCCACCUAUCUGCUACCUGGAACCCGCAUUUUACUGCAAUCACAAAACUGUCUAGUCAGUGGGUUGCCAUAGUUGAUAUCUGUAUAUCGAGGUGUCUGGAGAAUGUGUUGGUGCCACUCUCUCCGGUGUCCGUAGUCACGACAGACUUUUGUCUGACUGUUAUUGGAACUCAUUAUUAGUCAAAUUAACUUCCAGUAACCAGGACGCAUUCUUCCCCACUCCCCUCAGCCAUUAAUCCUCCGUCGCACGAAGUCCUUUUCUCACAGUUGGCAGCCGCUGCUCUCCAGUCCUCCCUGACGGUUCCACAACCAUCG